AUGCCGCCUCGCCGCCGGGGAGCUUCCAUCUACCGCGGCGUCCGCGUGUGUCCGUCCGGCACCUACUUCGCCGAGAUUCGGUUGGGCGGCGGCAUGCGCCUCCGCCUCGGAACCUUCGACACCGCUCAGGAGGGCGCCCGCGCGUACGACGCUGCGGCGUGGCGCCUCCGGCGGUCCCGUCAGGACAUGAACUUCGCCGACGUGGCGACGCGGGAGCGGGCACAGGAGUUGGCGCCUUUCCCGCGGCUUGUCACCGACGAGGAUCGUCGCAAGAACCGGAGGCGGGAGCGCCAUCUCAGCCUGGCCGAGAUGGACGAGGAAGCCAUGGCGCUGUGGAGCCAUCGCUUCCCGCAAGACAUCAUCAAUGAGGAACUCGCGCCGCGCGUUGCGCGGCUGCUGGAGAUGCUCUAA